CCAGGCCGCGCCCAAACGCCACAUCGCCCAUGCCUCUUGCCGGCCCCGGCACUGCCCCAGCACAACCGCUUCCGGCCGCUGCGCGCUCACUUCCGCCGCCAGGGGAGCGCCGGGGCGGAGCCGGCUCUGGCCGUAUCCCCGUCCCCAGCGGAGGGGUGCGGGUGCUGUGGGGCGCGGCAGUCAUGGCGCUGGUGGAGGUGGACAGGGCCUUCCCCCGCUCCCUGCGGGGCUCCAUUAACAUCGCCCGCAUGCUGUUGGCGUGGGGGAUGUUCUUCUGCUUCUUGGGCGCCAGGUCCGGCGGGAUGUACACGUCGCUGGCCGGCAUGGAGGUGGUGAUCACGACGCUGUUCUUCCUCCUGUACUUGCUGAAGCUCGAUAAAAAGAUGACCUGGCUGUUCUGGCCACUGGCCGAUAUUUUUAACUCGAUGAUUGCAGCGUUGUUCCUCCUCGUUGUGUGCUUGUUUGCAGUAGUAGGCAAGACCAACAAGGCAACACUGGCAGGAGGAGUGUUUGGGUUUAUAUUGCUUAUUCUCUGUGUUGUGGAUGCAGUUGUUUUCUGGAAGAUCAGCUUUGGUGGACGAAGAGAAAGGAAUGCUCCUGCCAAAUAACAGUAACAUUUUAGUAAAAGAACGAUUUCUCCACUGAUGACUGGUUUACUGUUAUUUUUUAAAGAAUCUGUAUUUUCGUGUUCACCUUUGUUCACAAACAUAAACUUCAUAGAAAAUUCUCCUGUUUUGUAAGCUUAAUUACAUUGUUACGUGUAUGAAGGUUAACUUUUACCUGAAUGAUUAAUUUUACACUUGUCUUUCUGUAAUAAAAAGAACAUACACAUGGG